CAUUGGUCAUCGCACCGAGUAGUGCCCCUUAUUUUAUAAAACGCCAUCUGCUGUAUAGUAUGUGAUACAGUUAUGGAUAAAAGAAUACAUGAUUAUUUCUUGCUUGGCUUGAAUUAUUCAGAAAUCUUGGAUAAACUAAAAUCAGAUGGUCAAAAUGUAAGUUUGCGUACAUUAAAAAGGACUUUAAAGCGUUUAAAUCUGUAUCGACGUGUGCACUUUAGUGAUAUUAUUGAAGUUGCUUUAUUUGUGAUGAAUGAAAUGCAACAGUCUGGCAUGUUACAUGGAUACAAAAUGAUGCAUCUUAAAUGCUUACAGAAUGGAUAUGUUGUCACCCAGCAAACCAUUCGUGAACUUCUGUUAAUUAUAGAUCCUAUUGGUGUACAACAACGGCGUCGAAACCGUCUUCAGCGGAGAAUAUAUUCUAAUCUUGGGCCUAAUUACCUUUGGCACAUAGAUGGAUAUGACAAGUUGAAGCCCUUUGGGAUUUGUAUCCACGGAGCCGUGGACGGUUUCUCAAGAUAUAUAAUAUGGCUUGAGGCUCAUAGAACGAAUAAUGAUCCAAAGGUUGUCGCGGGAUACUUCAUAAAUGCCGUGCGAAAUAUAAAAGGUUGUCCAGCGCGUAUCAGAGCUGAUAUGGGCACAGAAAACUGCUAUGUUAGACAGAUGAUAAUGUUUCUGAGAAGCUUAGGAAACGAGCAUAACACUGAAACGUGUUACCUUGAAGGGUCAAGCACCCACAAUCAGCGUAUAGAGCAUUGGUGGGGCUUCCUCAGGAGGCAUAACGCUCAAUACUGGAUGGAUAUGUUUGGUAUGUUAGCCAGUAUAGGGUGCUACACUGGAAAUUUUGUUGACAAAGCUAUCCUACAGUUUUGUUUCAUGAACUUAAUACAGGAAGAACUAAAUGAAAUAGCUUCUUUGUGGAACAGUCACAGAAUAAGACCUUCUAAAAACCAAACCUCUCCGAAUGGCAGACCAGUGGUAAUGUAUACAUGUCCAGAACGGUUUGGAGUUCAAGAUUAUUUGUGUAAUGUCACAGACAACCAGAUAGAUGCCUGUUCAGAAGAAUGCAUUUUCAAAGGACCUAUGGUAUGUGAGGAAACAGUGUUUGAACUGUGUACAUUUUUAAUGAACGACAGUAGAAAAGAGAUGCCAACAUGCGGAGAGGAAGCUGUUGUGUUAUACCAGUUUCUGCGGACCGAGGUUCUUGACGGACUGUCUGUUUUCUAACAAUUAAAAUGCCUAUAACUAGUUCCAGAAUGUACUUAUAAGACGGUUUAUGGCAAAAUUAUAGAGCUGGUAUCCUUACUUUUCACUAUAAUUCAAUUUUUUUCGUUUAUUUUAUUAUUAAUUUGCACUUGAUCGGACUAUAAUUGAGUCAAUUUUCAGUGAUUGACAAUAUUCUAAAUGCUUCCAGAUCAUUUAAAUUUCUUAGUUGUGUUGAAAAAUGCUUUAAAUGCGGAAUUAAAUAACCUGUAUCGAUUUGUUCAUGUGUGCAUGAAAUAAAAAUGUUUGCAUCCACCAUCAUUAGAUAAAACAUUUGAGCCAUUUUGUCAGGAUUAUUUAGAAAAAACGUAUGUCAGUUGAAAGUCAGUAUUUGAGCAUAUCCUCUCACAAUGUACUUUUCCAUGAAAUAAGGAAAUGCUUACCCUUAAUAGCACUUUGUACUAUUUUUGCAAUGAACGACAAAACUAUUGCCUUCAUUUUCAAAAAGCAUUCCUUUAAUACAUGAAUUAUGACUAUAACGCCACAAAAGAAUAAAAGUAAAAGUCCUCUUAUGGAUAUUGUCUAAAAGAAAAUCAAAACGGCUCUUGAAAUCUUGUAAAGAGUCACCAAGAGGUUAUAAGAAAAGGCAGUGCCUGCGCAACUCAAUCAAGGUAGUGGGCUUAUUUACAUUCAUAACAAAACAUGAAAGCCAGAUCUUAACUGAUAAGGAUACCGAUACUGUAGUCAAAAUAAAUUU